CACGGAGCGAACAAGUGCCCUGGCCCCGAAAAACUCACGUUGCAACUCUCUCUCUCUGCUGUGUGUGUGUGUGCGAGAGAAGUAAAGUGUGUGUGUGUGUUGUGAGUGUGUUGACCCCUCCGGAAAGAAGAUGGCAGACUACCGGGACGACACCGGAGCCCGAGCUCUGCUGGCUCUCCAGUCGGCACCAUGCAGUCCCGUCCGCGUCGCGGUGACCUCGCACUCCUACCACCACCACCACCAGCCGUCGCUCGCCCUCCUGGGUCCUCCGAUGAUGAUGGAAGCCCGUAGCGGCGGCGUCGGCCCAGGCAACAACAACACCGCCGGGCUUUUCCCCGUGCGCCUCGCUUGUCCUGCUCCGCAGGCCCUGGCCAGACUCGAGGGCCGGGACUUUGAGUUCGUGAUGCGCCAGAGGACGGUCACCAUAGGCCGGAACUCGUCUCACGGCUCCGUGGACAUCAACAUGGGUCACUCGAGCUUCAUUUCACGGCGACACCUGCAGGUCACCUACAGCGACAACAACGACAACGGCGACGGAGACGACAGCCAGCCGGGCUUCUCCCUCCGGUGCUUGGGCAAGAACGGCGUGUUCGUUGACGGGGUGUUCCAGCGGAGAGGGGCGCCGCCACUGGCGCUACCCAGAGAGUGUGUGUUUCGUUUUCCCAGUACAGUAAUCAAGAUCCAGUUCAUGUCACUCCUGCAGCUUGAUGAUCACAGAGAGAGGGAGCAGCCCUCUCUUCCCCCUCGCCCGCUUCUGCCCCACAUUUCCCCCCUCAAAAUCAGCAUUCCCACAAUGCAGCAGCAUGAAGAGCACAUCAGGUCAUUUGGCUCUCCGCUGCCCUCGCCCACAGGCACCAUCAGUGUUCCUAACUCCUGUCCGGCUAGUCCACGAGGGGCAGGGUCAUCAGGGUAUCGCUAUGGACGCAACGUGACCUCUGACCUCCAGUUAGCAGCUGAAUAUGCUGCCAAGGCUGUUUCUGAGCAGAGACGAAGCAUUGUUGAGCAGAGAGGUGGGGGAAGUGAGCAGCGGGGGGAGUCGGCUGGUGGAGACAGCCCCAAGGAUGAGUCCAAGCCACCUUAUUCCUAUGCACAGCUGAUCGUCCAGGCCAUCUCUUCUGCCCAGGACAAACAACUGACUCUCAGUGGCAUCUACGCCCACAUCACCAAACACUACCCCUACUAUCGCACUGCAGACAAGGGCUGGCAGAACUCAAUCAGACACAACCUGUCUCUCAACCGCUACUUUCUGAAAGUGGCCCGCUCUCAGGACGAGCCCGGCAAAGGGAGUUUUUGGCGUGUGGAUUCUGCUUCUGAGAGCAAGUUGGUGGAGCAAGCGUUCAGGAAAAGACGGCAAAGAGGGGUGGCUUGCUUUAGGACGCCAUUUGGACCUCUCUCCUCUAGAACAAAGAGUGCUCCUGCAUCCCCGACCCACCAGGGACUUCUUUCUCCUCCAUCCAGCGGGCUGCAAACUCCUGAAUGUCUGAGCAGGGAGGGCUCUCCUAUCCCCCACGACCACCACGAACAGCUGGCUAACAAACUGUCAUCUGUACCUGAGUAUAGGUACUCUCAGAGUGCCCCAGGAUCACCUACCCAUGGUCAGCAUGUCAUCAUGGCUGCACCCCCUCACCCGAAAGCCCUGCCCUCAGGCCCGGGGAAAGCCCUUGCUUUCAUUCCAGGUGGCGGCGGCCAAGUCCAGCCCAUCCACGUGCUCCAGAACCCCACUCAGUCCUCUAUCACCAUGGUGCGGGUGGUUACCAGCGCCCCUCUAACUUCCAACCCUCCGAAUGGGUACAGCGCUCCCUCUGUUGGAGGAGCAGAGGGCAACAGCGAGCUCAGAGAAGCCCAGCUGAACAGAGAGCGAGUGAUCCAGACUGUGGACAGUGCGGUGCAGGGCGGGGAUGGGCGAAACCUGGCCCUAGGUUUACAUCAACUUCCUGUUCGUCCUGUUACUCAGAACGGCAAACACACCACUGCUGCUGUUGCCACAGCAACCAGCCUUGCUAAUGCAUCUGGCCUGAGUAGUCCUCUCCAGAUCUUGGCUGCCCAGGCCUCCAGCUCCCCUCCAGUGCUGGUGAGCAGACAGCCCAGUGCAGAAUCUUUAGCUGAGCAGCCAGGUGAGCCCCAGGCCAAGCGGCCAAAGAUGGAGGACGAGGGUGGGACUGAAUCUGCUCAGCAUCAAGUCACGCCUGCUCAGCAGCCCGUCAUCGUUGCCAUGAUGUCACAAACCCACGACCCUCGGAAGUAAAAGCCAGGGCCUCUUACCAGGUACCCAAUGGACAGCCUCCUUAUGGUCCCCUAACUGCUUCGCCUUUUAUACUCAUUUGAUAUGACUGCAGCCGACACGGCCAAAAACAUGUACAGGCAGCCUCUCUCAACAGAAGGGAAUUAAAUUGUAAGGAACAUAUUUUGGUCAAAAAUAGAUGAAAACUUUCAAAUACAUUCUGAAUGUAAAAAGCAAGUAAAUCUUUCAGGACAUUUUCAGCUUUACAGUCUUUUUAAUGUAAUCCUUUGUUCAUUGACAACGCAAGUAAGGAUAUUAAGCUUAUGAGAGAAUUAUGCAUAUUAAAAUCAUUUCAGCACUACUUUUACUAUGUGAAUGUUGGAUAAUAUCUCAGAUACAGCCUUUCCUCAAGUUGAUGGAUCACAUGCAUCAGUUACCGUCACUCUCAGGCCAAAGAACUCCUGCACUUCUGAUCAGAGUCAUUUACAGAAGAAACUGUGACGAUCAGAGUUGAUAUAUUGUGUAGUUUGACACAAUUGUGGACAAAGAGGACCUGGCUGUGCAUACCCAGACCGUUGAUGGGGCUUGGGAGACUGUUAAGAAUAUGAUUGUACUCAUCAUAAGGCAAUCCUUACUGAAAAACAAGUUAUAUCUCUCUUAGGCCCCGAUCAGACAGAGCGCGUUUUGCAGGUGGAAAAUGUGAGGCACACAACACUGUCUUUUUGUUGACUGAUCAGACAGAGCUUUUUUUUUUUUGCAGUUUUCUGCGUCUUUUUUUAAUUGUUGCUAGGCAACCACCGAAUGAGUGCUAACGUUACCUUAUUACAAACCAUGAACUGUGCGCAACCCAAAUAGUUAAUAGUACAGUUUAAAUGAUUGAAAACAACUUACCCGAAAUCUGAAGUACCACACUAAUUUGCCUCCUGCUGUUUUCUGUUCAGAUCUUCGUAACUACGGUUGGUAAAGUCAUAAAGCUCCGGGUAUCCAGCAAUACCACCACAAUGAGAAAAAAACAGGGCUGUCAAUCGAUUAGAAUAUUUAAUCGCAAAUUAAUCACACAUUUUUUAUCUGUUCAAAAUGUACCUUU